UUGAAUGAUGGUGGGUGCAUCUAAAGUUCUGGUGGUCUUCUACAUGCUCUCCUGUAAGGUCCACCAAGUCCUUCUUUCUGACCAUUGUUCAAACACCAACCCAGGUUUAAUAAUCUGUUAUGGACGUGUGUGGACAGAACCAGCUUCACUCAUUCAGAUGGGCCAGAAUGUUUCUGUCAACUGCCAUUCUGAUAAAGACUUCUGUCAGAAUGGUAAACUGUAUUUAAUCCUAAAUAACGUCCGUGUCAAGGAUCGGUCAUUGACAGUUAUAAACAAGACAACAAUCCAGCUUCACCUUCAUGAUUAUCAACAUCCAGUUUCUACGGUCCAGUGUUAUGUUGAAUGUCCCAAAGAAACAAAAAUGAUAUGUGGAACACAAUUUUGUUUGGGCUAUCUACCAGACAAACCAGCCAAUUUAACUUGUUUCAUACAUGAAUAUUUGGACAAUAUGACGUGCACUUGGGACCCAGGCAAGAACACUCAUUUAGACACUAGCUACACCUUAUAUUUGAACAGUUUACCACCAAAAGAGAACAAAACAUUUUCUGCAAAUAAUACCUUUGUCAUCAUCCCCCUGAGUCAACUGCAAGAAAGACAACAAUUUUCCGUUUUGGUCCAUGUUGAAAAUGAUCUCGGCACAGUGUAUUCAGAUCCACUGCAUUUUGACCUCAAUGAUAUAGUGAUCCCAGCUACACCUAUUGUUAUCCAAAAUACAACUAUAGACUCUUCGGAGUUUAAGACUAUAAUAUGGUGGCAAAAACAAACUGCAAUCAAUGGAACCUACUGUGAAGAACGUUAUAAGGAGACGGCAAGUGAAAUGUGGCAUGUUCGAGAAUGGGAUUCUGAUUUUAAGACAGACCAUCGCAGUGAAUACAAUCUGGAGGCAAACACAAUGUAUGAGUUUCAAGUGAGAUGCAAAUUAACUCAUGAGAGGGCUUUCUGGAGCAGAUGGAGUGAGUCCUUAGUGUAUAUGACUCCGGAGGCAGAGCCAUCUUCAGUACUUGAUGUAUGGAGAUAUCUAGGAGCAACCUAUCAGAAUGGUAGCCAAGAGGUGACCAUCUUUAUCAAGCCGUUUCUUCCCAAAGAGAGCAGAGGAAGAAUUCUGCAUUACAGAGUGUACUAUGAAAAGGAAGGGGAAGUUGUGGAUCUAUGUAAAACAACUGAAACAAUGUGCAAAGUCCUGGUUCCCCCAGCAGCGAGGGUUGUCUCUGUGACAGCACACAAUUCCAAAGGAAGUUCCAGGCCUACAAAUAUCACAGUGCACGAAUGGCACCAUGGGGACCAUGUUUUUCCACCCCCUACCAAUUUGCAGGCAGUUCAUGAUGACAACAAAGGAUUUUUUGUUAGCUGGGAACCUCCUGAGUCUUAUGGAAAUGCAGUUGUGUGUUACAUAGUGGAGUGGACUUCAGUCCUCCUCAGUCAACACCAUCACAAUGUUUUGUGGAGAAAAGUUCCCAGACAGAACAAAACAACUUUUAUUGAAGAAGACUCCAGGAUAAAAAGGAAUGUCAACAUUUCAAUAUAUGCAGUGUAUCAAGAUGGCACCAGCAAAGCCUGCUCUGUUCAGAUACUGGGAGAAAAUGUUCAAGGCCGACAUUUUGAUAAGGAUCCAAGAAGCUUUUCUACUGCUACCAAUGGUAUGAAAUAUGGAAACGAUUAUGAUGUUGGAGUUAUGGUGGGAACUGGCUUUGGAGCUGCACUCCUAUCCAUCUUUAUUUUGGUUUUGAUUGCUAAGAAAUCCUAUAGGAAAAGGGUUACCACGAUGUUGAGUUCAAUAACACCAAAAUGGCUUUUUGAAGAUUAUCCUAAACUACAGAACAGCAGUGCAAUAAAGUCUCUUCAGAAGAAAAAUGGUUCAGUAACGCACAUUUCUGCAGAGCUGUUCUCGGAUUAUGAGGAUGCUGUGAUAACUAAAGUGGAGGAGAUAUUGGUUCAAAAGGAAUAUAAGACACAGGAUGACAGAAAGGAAAGCAAGGAAGCCAUUCCUCAGAAAGCUGAUGUUCCCGGAGAGACCUUAUUUGUGAUCAAUUCAGAUGUGAUAGAAGCCAAUGGGUACAAGCCUCAGGUUUCCAGCAAGGAACUGUCUGGAAAUAUAUUCACCAAUACUAAUGCAAUACAUUCUCAAAACCCAGGGUCAAAUUUGAACUCUCCAUCUUUGCCCAUGAAUAGUCCUGUCAAAGAUUACGUAAAUCCUAUGGCCACCAUAUGGCCUGAUGAAAAUACACUUUUAUUGCAGAAAAUCAGCCCAGUUUUGAACAGUGGUAGAAGUGGGCAAAGCAACGUGUUCAUCCCAGCAGAUGAAGAACCAAAUACACCAACAGCAAUGCAGUGGACUUUCCUGCUUUCAGAUGACAAUAUUCAAGGACAGACUUUCAUACCCGAUGAACUGCUCACUUGCUUAAAAACAGCGGAUAACAAUUCUACAACUGUAAUAUCUUAUUUUCCUCAAAGCAUGGCAAAAUGAUUGUCUGAGCUAUAAGAAAGAAGGACAGAAAUAUGAUGGAACAGUGGCAUGAAACACCAGUUCUCAGAUUCAGGAUAGGAAAAAGGACAUGCCUGAGCCGUGGAAUUGGCUUCCACAAAGUGUGGUGAAGGAUACCAACUUGGACAAUUGAUUAAUUCUAUAUGCUUCCUGGAAGAGGUGACAUGCAGUUUUGGGGUGACAAGUCUCAGAAAUUCCCAGACCAGCAUGGUCAUAGUGAAAAACAAGCUACUAGGCUGGGUAGCUGUUUGGGCCAAUCCAUCUGGAUUCUUCUUGUGUUCCUGGUGGCAACCAUGGUGUGGAAAUAAUGCAGGAGUCAGGCCUCCGGUUCUUAGCAUGGUCCCAUUCAAGAGAAGCCCAUCAUAUGUCUCUCAAGCAGUUGUUUUCAAGAAGUAGCAAAAUGUGCCUACUACAGCUUCAGUGAGGGGGAUAUACCUACCUUCAAAAAGUGUUGCGUCUGAAGGCUGUCAAAAAGAUGAAUGACUUCCAAGAAAUGGAAAAGUAUCACUGAACAUACAUUUCUAGAACGCAAGCUGAGCUAAAAUUAGUGGUUUCUGCUGUUGCAGGAAGGAAGUAGUAAGAGAAAAACCACACACAUGACAACUUAAACAGCACAAUAUGGAAAGCAAUAAAGGGCCAUUGUUGCAUGAACUAGGAACACAUACAGUUUUAUUGUAAACUGGAAAUGUUUCUGUUCCUGUUCUUGCAUAUUUCAUAGUCAUGUAUUGCAAAUGCCAAUUCAAUUUAGGAGUUGUACAAGGGGGCAUUCAUCCAUCCUUUGGACCAGAAAAAAGUCUAUAUGCCUGUUGUGACAAUGAAAUAAAAGGCAGUGUUUUGACUCUCAGAACCCAAUUCAGGAGCUGGAAUUGUGCUGCCUCCUGGAUAUCAGACUGGAAGUCCUAGCAGUCCUAACCAGCGGUGAAGAAUGCUGGAAGCUGCAGCCCAACGAUAUCUAAAGAUCCACUCAAUUCUCACUUCAAUCCAAGGGCUAAAUCUAUAUCAGCUAAAUUAAGCAGAUUGAAUCAAUGAAACUGACCUAAGUGCUGACUUUCCAAAUCUUCAUCAUUGAGUGGGGGUAAUUUAGUUGACAAAACAGCAUAGUUUGAAUGUUGGGUUAGGGCUUGACUCCUUUACUCAGCUAUGGAAAACAACUGGUGACCUGGGAUAAAUUACAUGCUCUUUGUGUUAUUGAAGGAUUUCAUGGCCAGAAUCACUGAGUUGCUGUGAGUUUUUCAGGUUGUAUGGCUAUGCUCCAGUAGCAUUCCCUCCUGAUGUUUCACCUGCAUUUAUGGCAAGCAUCCUCAGAGGUUUGUUCAAAGGUUUGUUGGUGAUGAGGCAAGUGGGGUGUAUAUAUAUCUGUGGAGUGUCCAGCAUGGGAGAAAGAACUCUUGUCUGUUUGAAGCAAGUGUGAAAGUUGCAAUUAGCUAGCUUGAUUAGUAUUGAGUCGCCUUGUAGCUGAAAGCCUGGCUGUUGCUGCCUGGGGGCAUCCUUUGAGGGGUGUUAACUGGCACUCGAUUGUUUACUGUCUGGAAUUCUCCUGCUUCUGAAUUAUGUUCUUUAUUUACCAUCUUGGUUCUGGUGUUUUUUUAAUACUGUUAACCAGAUUUUGUUCAUUUUCAUGGUUUCCUCCUUUCUGUUGAAAUUGUUAACAGCAAUAAUGCCCUUUGCUUCAGAAGAAGGCAAAGGCAAAGAUCUUCUGAACAAAUAUUGCCAAGAAAAUCUGUAUUCCUUUAAUUCUAUAUUUUUAUAUAUACUUUUAAAGUAUGUAUGAAAAUUAUAGGAGUGCUCUGCAGUUUUCAACCUGGCAACACUGAAUACAAUAUAUGCAAGGUUAUUUAUAAAUUAAUUAAUGAAAUGCAUUAGGUUCACAGACUUGUUUUCAUGAGUAUCACUGCCAAGACAUGGUGAUUUGAGGCCACUUUAACUGCCGUAAUUCCAUUGUAUGGAAUCCUGAAUUUGUAGUUUGAGGAACUUAGAAUUCCUUGCUAGACAGUUCGGUUUCAUUCACUUGAACUAAAUGAUGGCAGUACUGUAAGAGAUGGUCAUAACUGCUUUUCUGCAAUUUUCUCAGUUGUACAGACUUCUAGAUAACCUGCAUUGUGACAUGGUGAAUGGGCCAAUUGGUGAUAUCCCAAUCUUCAAAGAAGAAUAAUACACUUGUGCUCUGAAUGUAAAUGCACUGAUGGCUUCUUUUAUG